AUCAAGGGAUCAAGGUCACAUUUGUUAGCACUGAGUUCAUAAUUGCAAGAUUAACAACUACAAUGCCAGUGAAUAGCCUGAUAAGGCUAGUCUCACUCCCAGAUGGUCUAGAACUUGGGGAUGAUCGAACUGAUGCUCUUAAACUGAUAAAUAUUUUUCAAGAAGUUAUGCUGGGUCAUUUCAAGGACUUGAUUGAGAAAAGUAAUGAAUCUUAUGAUGAUCAAAUUAGUUGUGUCAUUUCAGGGAUAUCGGUUGUGUGGGCAUUUGAAGACUGAAGUUGCUGAGAAGAUGGGAAUUAAAAGUGUUGCAUUUUGGCCUGCUGGACUAGCAACCUUGGCCCUUACACUCCAGAUCCCAAAGCUUAUUGAGGAUGGAAUUAUAGACACUCAAGAUUUUGGAAUUUUGAAUUUGUCAUGGGUAGCCAACCACAUGUGCUAGUCAUACCAUUUCCAGCACAGGGCCAUGUUGCCCCACUUAUGAAGUUGUCACACCAGAUUGUUGAUCAUGGGAUCAAGGUCACAUUUGUUACCACUGAGUUCAUAAAUGCAAGAUUAACAACUAAAAUGCCAGCGAAUAGCCCGAUAAGGCUAGUUUCACUCCCGGAUGGUCUAGAACCCGGGGAUGAUCAAAUUGAUACUCUUAAACUGAUAAAUAGUUUUCAAGAAACUAAGUCAGAUCAUUUCAAGGACUUGAUUGAGAAAAUUAACGAAUCUACUGAUGAUCGGAUCAUUUAUGUCAUUGCUGAUGUAACAGUUGCGUGGGCAUUUGAUGUUGCUGAGAAGAUGGGAAUUCAAAGUGUUGCAUUUUGGCCUGCUGGACCAGCAAACUUGGCCCUUAUAUUCCAUAUCCCAAAGCUUAUUGAGGAUGGAAUUAUAGAUACUCAAGGAACUCCAAUAAAAAAUGACUUGAUUUGGCUGUCAAAGGAAAUCCCUGCAUGGAAAAGCUCAGAGUUUCCAUGGAGCUUCCCAGGAGAAUCAUGGAUGCAAAAUAUUUUUUUUCAAUAUGUUUUCAAGAUGAACCAUUGUGUCAAACUAUGCAAAUGGCUUCUUUGCAACUCAUUCUAUGAACUUGACUUGUUGGCCUUAAAUUUAAUUCCUGGGAUCAUACCUAUUGGUCCAUUACUUUCGGGCAAUCAAUUGGAAAAUCAUAUUGGAAGCUUUUGGCCGGAGGAUUCAACUUGCCUAAGUUGGCUUGACAAACAACCUGUGGGUUCAGUUAUUUAUGCUUCCUUUGGCAGCACCUCAACCUUCAACCAACAACAAUUUGAUGAACUAGCACUUGGACUUGAACUCAUAGGCCUACCAUUCUUGUGGGUUAUUCGGUCAGAUAUCGCCAAUGAAGCACUUUCUGAAUUCUUGGAUGGGAUUAGAUUGAGAAUAGCUGAUAGUGGAAAGAUUGUUGGUUGGGCACCUCAAGAGCAGGUGCUAGCUCACCCUUCUACUGCAUGUUUUAUAAGUCAUUGUGGAUGGAAUUCAACCUUGGAGGGUAUAAACAUGGGAGUCCCAUUUCUAUGUUGGCCUUACUUUGCAGAUCAAUUCCAAAAUAAAAGUUACAUAUGUGAUUUUUGGAAGGUUGGUUUAGGGUUGAACCCAGACGAAAAUGGGAUUAUCACAAGGCGAGAAAUCAACAUAAAGAUAAAAACUUUGAUCAUUGAUGAUGGUAUAAAAACAAAUGCAUUGAAGCUGAAGGAAAUGGCUAAAAAGAGUGUUACUGAAGGUGGAUCUUCUUUUAAGAACUUUGAAAGCUUUAUUGAACAAAUAAAGCGUUAAAUUGUUUUUAGAGUGUUUCUGUUUUAUUGUUUCUAUGUCUAUUGAAGUAUGCAAUUUCAUUCAAGCUUGCUAAAAAAAUAAAGUUGCAAAAAUGGAAUCAUUAAUAGCAACUAGCCUUUGUUUUGCCAACUCAUGAAUCUCAAUUGCAUACUUGUAUCAUAUCAUAUAUUAUAUUAUAUUAUUAUGAAAUAAAAAUUGUGUUUGAAGCAUCAA